CUUCAGCCAGCAGGCCUCAAUCCCCCGAAGGAGGAAGCGAUGACACUGGAAAACAGGCAACGCCUUCCAAAAUUACAAACCGUAUGACGUGGGACGCCAAGAGUUGCAACAUUUUGAUCGGGGAGAUGAUUGUUGUCAAACCGUUCCAGUACAAGAGCAAAACCAGUCAACGCGGAAAGGCGUGGCAGGAGGUUGCAGAACACAUGCAGCAGAGGGGAUUUAGAGUCGACGCCCGCGCGGUAAGAGAUAAAAUGAAUCUAUUGAAAAACCAAGUAAAAAUGCGAAACAGGCAAGAGAGAGCUGCCAGUGGCAUUGCCAUAAAUGAAACUGAUGAAGAAAGGAGAAACAGACAGGCGAUAGAGGAAAUGAUACAAGAGGAGGAGGAUAUUGAGUUUGCUCCUAAAGAAAGGAAUGAUGAAGAGAAGAAGAAAGAAGCUGGAGCUGAGCUCCGGAAACGAGCUUGUGAGACGUUUGGAGAAACAAGAAAGAGACACCAAGGUGAAUGGAGCACGGGAUUACGGUCUCAAAGGAACACAGGCCGAAGUACCCUAUCAUUGAUAGAACGGAAAAUGGAGAUGGAUGGAGCAUUGAAAAGGGAGGAGAUGGAGAGGAGACUUGAGGAUGACAACAGAAGACGGGAGGAAAAAGCACAAAGGAGACGGGAGGAAGAAGCUAAACGAAAAGAAGAAGAGGAGAAACGUGACAGACAAUUUCAAGCAAUGCAACAGCAAAUGUUACAGCAGCAACAACAACUCAUCCAACAACAACAGCAGCAACAACAACAACAGCAGCAGCAGCAACAACAACACAACCAAAACAUGCAGACAAUGAUGUUGGCUCUUCUGAAGUCUAUAGCCGAUACAAAAAAAUAGUUUGGAGUGACCGUUGGACAGAUAGCUGGUUAGAUGUUUAAACUUGAAAAGUUUUUAGCAUAACAUUUUUUUUUUUCUGAAGAUGCAAGAUCUAUUUUUUUCGUAUAUGUCUUUCAAUAAAGAGAAGUAUAUCAGCAAAUUUGAUUUAUUUAGAUGCAUCUGCCUGUCAAGAUGAGGCUAAUGAUUGUGUAUAAACUUUAGUUACUUGCCAAAUUCAUUUAAAGGAGAAUGAAACCUUUGGAACAAGAUAGCUCGAGUGAAAACAGAAAAAUCAAAGAAACAGAUCAACGAAAGUUUGAGAAAAAUCGGACAAAUAAUGACAAAGUUAUGAGAAUUUGAAUAUUGUGAUCACUAAUGCUAUGGAGAUCCUCAAAUUGGCAAUGCAACAAAUAUGUGUGAUGUCACUCAUGAACAACUCUCCCCAUUACUCUAGUAUAUAUUUCACUUCUAUAUUUCACUGCUGCCUCUUUUAUCACAUCUAUCAGUAGAUCAUGUGUUCUUUCUAUAGGAGGGCAUGUAAUACAGAUUUUUAAAGAAUACAUCAUGGAUAAAGAGUUUGUAUCACCAUGAGAAAAAGCAAAAAGAGACAUUUUGAGGGUAUUUUAUUGUCCAUCGAAGGGAAAGUUGUUCACAUAUGACAUCACACAUCCUUGUUGCAUUGCCAAUGGGAGGAUCUCCAUAGCAUUAGUGAUUGCAACAUUCAAAUGCUCGUAUUUUUCUCACUAUUUGUCCGAUUUUUCUCAAACCUUCUAUGUUCUUAUUCUUUGAUUUUUCUGUUUCGACACAAGCCUAUUUGUUCCAACGUUUUCAUUCCCCUAUAAUAAAAAUAUCUAUUUCACUGUGUGUGUUUGACUUUGUAAAGUCCUUCUCAGCGUGACCCAGAUAUUUCAUUAUGCUUAACAUUUUACCAAAGAGAUGUGUUGAACGAACAGUACUUGCCGUUAGAAUGUGUGCAAUUUUAUUUUUACUUGGUAACUUAUAUGUAUUUAUGCUUAUAUAUAUUUAUUUUAGAUAAUUAUUUUAGUCAUUUGGAAAGAUAUGUCUACUUUUUUAGUAAUGCACAAAAAUAUAGAUAAAAAUAUGUCAAGCUUCAUUACUUGCUUGUAAACUUCUAUCUGGCGGUUUCACUAUUCAUUACGGGUAGUGACUGAGUAAGAGUGCAGAAUGCACAAGCUAAUAUUGUCACGCAUUUUGGUUGAUGUUCCGAUAUUCUCUUGUUAUGUUUAUGUAUAUAAUUCCAUUCUUAUACUUUAAUUAGUGUUUAUUAUAUUAAAUUGUAUUCGACUCAUUUAUGCAACGAAUGUCUUGCUAAGAUAAAUUGUGAAUGUCACUUUCAACUUGCCCAGUAACCUGCACACAGCCAAGCCCUCUCUUGUACUGUAAUCCAACUUGCUCAGGGUCAAACUCUACUGGUCUGUCCACUCUGUUUUCUCCUCAUUUUGGCUUUCCUUUGUCUUUCAGAAAUCUCUAACAGUGCAUCUCCCUUCUAUUCGACCUUGCAUCUACUUUCAGAAGUUUUACUCUCCUCACUUUCUCUUUCCUGUGACUUUCAACCCUCCUCAUUUUCUCUUUCCAGUGACUUUCAACCCUCCUCACUUCUCCUUCCAGUAACUUUCAUCCCUCCUCUCUUUCCCUUUCCAGUGACUUUCAAACCUGUGUAAGUUCUCUUUACCUUGCGACUACUUUCAGAAACUCGUUCUUGUUUAUUACCUUGGCUACACAUUUAUGUUCAGUAACUCCAUCCGCUUUCUCUCUCACUUCGACUUUGCCCUGCCCUUCAGACUUCUCUCCCUCAACUCCUAAUGUCCGAACUCCUAGUUUUAACCUUGUGGUCAGUGUUUUGGUCGUUAUGUGCUUAUUCUAAUACUUGUUGGAAUGAUUUAUCCCCUCUCUCUCUCUCUCUCUCUUCUCUGAAUCUGGGUUUUCGCUGUGUGCUGGGGAUGACCUUCAUGCUAUGUCCAGAAAUUGUAUAUAACGUAUAAGCAGCAGCAUCUCAGUCAAGUUUAGUUUUUAGAGUUUUCCUUAUGAUUCCAGUCUUACACGUAUAUUCGAGUUUUAUUUCGAGAGUCUUUUCCGAGCAUAGUCUUACAUGUAUUCCAGUUAGUCGUCUGAGCCCAAGUUCAGUUCAGAAUUAUCACAAGUUAAGUUCUUAUAAUUGUUUCAGCAUCGCUCGACGUUAUCUCAGUUAUCAUAUUCCAUGUAUCGCUGGAGUUUGUUUAAUUGUCAUCAUCACAUACUCUGUUGCACCUUCAUUAAGUUUUGAACAGUAAUAAACUACUGAACUUUAAUUUCCUGUGUAAUGACUGUUAUUCGCUUCGACUGUAUUAUUUAAGCUCUGGCCAUCCUCGACAUUUAUUUUAGACUCUUAUAGCGAGACUCGUAGGACAAACCGGGUCGUCGUUACAAUAUGUUUACGCAUGUGACAUGAUAACCGGAGCUUAUUUUAUUUGAUUCCCAUAAACCUGACAAAGAUGAUUUGGCUUUGAUAUCAGUUUGUUUACUGUACAAUGUUUAUGAUUGAUUUACUUUUAGAAAUAUAUUUCAAUGCCUAAAGUGAAAGAAAUCAUUUCCUUUUGUUUGUUGCGGAAAUAAACACUAGAACAAAUUCAUGAAAAGUGUCAUGAAGUUUUAAAAAUAUUGCUCGAAACGUGAGGUGUUGCCCUGUCAUCAUUCUCAACUCAUUGAACAUUUGAAUUAUUCUGUGCCUAAAGUGAAAUAGACAUCCCAAAGAAAAAUGUUUAUGAGAGUGUGCAUAAAGCUAUAACAAGAGUUUCCCCCUGAAAUAUGUGAUACAAGGAAGAAGAGAUUCAUGGUUUGUACACUGUCCCUUUCAAAGUAUCACCCUCAAUAUAUAAAAUUAUUUAUUGAUAUCUCAUUCAGUAUGUAACUAGAGUGAAACGGGUUAUUGCAAAAAAAAGCUGCAUAUUACAUUUGAUUUUUUAGAUCAUUAUUUGGUUUGUGUGUUUUUUUUAUACAAAAUGCUAUGUCUUUUUAAAAUCAUUUUUGUUGUAUAUAAUGAGAAUGUGAUCAAACUCAUUGCCGAGGUAUAUGAUACAUCUCUUGAGAAAUAAAGGUAUUUAUUUUCU